AUGGCUGAGUCACGUGAAUCUUCGCAAGAUACAUCAAGAAACCGAAUCCCAUUUAAUCACAAUCCUGGAAAAGAUAUUAAUAUAUUGCUACUUGGUGAAACAGGUGUUGGUAAAACAACUUUUAUUAAUGCAUUUGCUAAUUAUCUUACUUAUAAUACUCUUAUGGCGGCACUAAGUGGUGAAAUGCAAAUACUAAUACCUUGUGUCUUUUCCGUGUCUGACAGUGAUACACAUACACACACGCCAAUAAAAGUAGGUUCCCACGAUGAUAAUGAACUUUGCGAGGAUAAUGGUAAAUCACAAACACAAGGCUGUAAAAGUUAUCUAUUUUCCAUUGGUGAUCGUUUCCUUCGAUUAAUCGAUACACCAGGCGUAGGUGAUUGCCGUGGCGUAGAACAGGAUAACAAAAAUUUUGACCACAUCCUUGCUUUUGUAAGUCGAUAUGAACACUUAAAUGCAAUAUGUAUUAUGCUUAAACCAAAUGAAAAUCGAUUGAAUAUUUUUUUUAAAUAUGGUAUUAAAGAAUUAUUAAGACAUCUACAUGUGAAUGCUAAAGACAAUGUUAUGUUUAUUUUUACCAAUGCUCGAGCAAAUUUCUAUAUGCCCGGUGCAACAUCAAAUCAGUUGAGAAUUCUACUUGAUGAACUAGAACGAUCCACACAAGUUCAGGUACCAUUCACUAAAGAAAAUACGUUUAUAUUCGACAAUGAAUCUUUUCGUUACUUGGCUGUGAAUAAAGUUGGAUGUGACUUUUUCAAGGAUCACGAAAACAUUUUUAUCGAUAGUUGGAAGAAAUCGGUGGAUGAGUUAUGUCGUAUGCUUGCUCGAAUUGUUAAAUGUGAUUUACAUGCUGUUCGGGAUAUGCAAUCGUUAAAUGAAGCUCAUCAGCUAAUACGUAAAUUAACUCGGCCUAUCGGAGAAGUAGCUACGCUCAUCCAAGAGAAUAUUCAAUUGGCUGAACAACAUAAAUGUAAAGUCUCAGCAAACGCAAAUGAUAUUACACCUAGUCGAAUGCCACAAAAAACUGCAAAAGUUGUUUCACUUGAGUAUCCUCGUACAAUUUGCACGAGUAAAAAGUGUUCAACAGUUGUUAAAGUCAACGAUGAAAUAAAAAUGGAUUACAAUGUUCAAUGUCAUAAACAUUGCUAUUUAAAAGGAGUCGAACAAGAGGUUAUUAAUAAUCCUAUUCUGAAGCAUUGUCGUGCCAUCGACAAAAGAACAGGUAUAUGUAAACGAUGUAGCUGCGAAUGGAAGACUCAUAUUCAUGUAACUUAUGAAUUUCAAAAACAAUUAACUUAUUUAGUGAUGGAUAAUGAACACGUAACUUCUUCGUCGCAAAGCGUAAUAUCAUCUAUUGACAGACGAAUACACGAAUUGAAGCAAGAAGAGCAAAUAAUCCUUCAUAUAUGCACAAACCUUACAUUAUUUCUAAGAAUGAGUUCAAUUAAUCCAAUCGAUGAAGAUAUUGUUGAAUAUAUCAAUCAUUUUAUUCGAGAAGAAAAAGAAAAAGGAAUCGCUGGCGAUAAGAACGAAGAAAUCAUUCAUCGUCUAGAAUGUCUAAUUGCAGAGUAUCGAGCUGCGUUCAAUUUAAUCAAUUCUAAUGUUAUCAAUGAAACAGAUAGAAGCUAUACUCCGACUAUUGAAGAAAUAUUUACUUGUAAAUUGCAACUUUUUGAAUUACCGAUUACAGGAAAGUAUAUCGAAGACCAAGUCGAAAGUUUAAAUUCAAAUCAAAUGAAUCUGGCCGCACAACGAGAACAUUAUAUUGAUUUACCACAAAGUGCAAAAUCUUCAUCGACUAUGAAAGUAUUAAAAAAAUUAUUGGCUUAA